AUGGUACUAAAUUUGGAUCUCAGCGUUCAGAAUGCGUACUACAAUGGUUGGACGUGCUGGCACUAUUGUAGUUUCAUUCUUGCAUUCGCGUUGGACGGAACGAUUAUGCACGCAAUAUUAAACACCCCGGGAUCUUGGCAUGAUUCAACGAUUGCCGAGCCGCUGUACAAGCAGCUCUUGUCUCACACACCACCCGACUAUCAAGUGAUAAGUGACACCGCCUUCCCUCGAAAGUCAGCGAGACUCCAAAAGAGAAUACUGGCUCCUAUCAAGCAAGGUGAUCGGUUGCCCACUGACUCGCAGGAAUUUGCGCGGCUUCAGCUGCUCAACAAGCAGUUAGUAUCAGCUCGACAGGCUGCUGAGUGGGGUAUGCGCUUGAUACAAGGAUCUUUCGCCCGGCUGAAGCUCCCCCUGCCUGCGAGUAACCAUGAAUAUUGA